AUGGUUCGGAUAAGCGACGUGAUCAAAGAUGAUCACCGGAAACUCGAAUCUUAUUACAAUAUCAUUGUCAACUCUGAAGAUCAAGAUGAACAAACCCGAUAUCAGAACCAGUUCACCUGGGAGCUUGCACGACACGCCGUCGCCGAGGAGCUGGUAGUGUUCCCUGCACUGGAAAAGCUUCGAGCUGGCAAGGAGCAGCUAGAUGAUGAUCGGCGUGAGCAUAAAGCGCUCAAAGAAAUGCUCAACGUUUUCCAGGAUCUAAACUCCUCCGAUCCGCGCUUCUUCCCUACAAUUACAUUGUUGAUGGAAGGUCUUGCCCAGCAUAUGAAAGACGAAGAGGCCAAUGAUCUGGCCAUAUUAGAGGAGUCCCUCACUUCCGACGAGAGCGAGAAGUUGGCUGAAUCUCUGAGCCGCACUAAGAUUUUUGUGCCCUCUCGCUCGCAUCCACAUGAUCUGGACAACCCACGCUAUGAGACUGCAGUCGACCUGCUCACAGCUCCCCUGGAUCAUCUCCAGGAUCUAUUCCGAAGGUGGCCGGAUGAAGAAAGCACUCUGACCGCGCCAAUGGAGUAG